CAUAGUAGUAAUAAUAAAUCUAAAAAUAAUUUUGAAAAGAGAAGCAAUAGUUUUGGUUGAUUAUUGAAUAGAGAGACUCUCAAUUCAACUCAACUCAACUCAAGUCUGAAGCCAUUGGUGUCGAGCAACAACGCCCACCCACCUUCACACCAACUUCAUCACACGACUCCUCUUCCUUCCCCCAUCACUUUUUCUUCCUUCUCUCUGAGUGGAUUUAAUAAAAACAAAAUAGAAAGAAGAUUAAAGUACUUGUUCACUUUCCUUGGGAAUCUGCUAAUAAAAAGCAAAUUAAGUUCCUUUCUUUCCUUUUUCUCUCUUAACUGAAAAUUUCGUCGGUUCUUUGUCUCAAUCUCUUUCCUUUUUCCGUCGAGUCCGAUCAAAAAAAAUCGAAAACCCAUUUUGUUCUUCGAUGAAAGCUCAUUAGAACAGAUCAUUCUACAGGCGAACUUUGAGGGAGUGAAGUAGAUUGCUGCUGUAGCCUCUCUCAUUUGGCCUCCUAAAAGUUUCAAACCGGGUGUUGUGAUUUUGAAAUCAAGAGAAGAAGGAGAUGGGCUGUGUUUCUUCUUGUUUUCGUGUCGACGACUUUGAGGAUCACCCGAAUCCAACUAGUUCAUGCCCGAGAUGUCUUGUUAAUAGCUUACUUAACCUGUAUAUCUCGUUGUUCAGAAGAGGCGAAACCCGCUCUCUCCCAUCCUCCUUACAGGCUACUAAUGUAUCUCUAGCUUCAUCUACUUCUUAUGAUAACUUUAUGUCUAAUACAUUCCAUUCUACUCCAAGGCCUCUGCCUUAUGAUGCUGAUCCAAGAUGCUUCCGGUCAAGGCGUGAUUCGCUUGUCUCUAGACGCGAUAAGGGUUCAAGUCAUUCUCAUGAGGAAACUGAGCCCUUGAGAAGUGAUUCUGAUGUGGAUUCUGAGUCUUUCUCAGUGGAAAGAAGCAAAUGGGCUAAUAAGCUUAUUAUCUCUGGUGAAGAUUCCAGAGAAGAGUUCUCUAAAUCCACUCGAAGGAUUCUUAAGUCAAAGACAAUGUCUACUGGUGGUGAUGACGGCCUGUAUAUAACAUCUGAUGAUGAAGAUGUCUGUCCAACGUGUCUUGAAGAAUAUACAUCAGAGAACCCAAAGAUUGUUACAAACUGUUCUCACCACUUCCACCUCAGUUGCAUUUAUGAAUGGAUGGAGAGAAGUGAAAACUGUCCUGUUUGUGGAAAGGUGAUGGAGUUCAACGAAACACCGUAACUUGUUACCAUUGAUCCUGUCUUCUACUGCCUAAACCGAAAGUGAGGAGAUUGACAAGGCAGCAGACAGAUUUGCAAAUUGAUUUGAUCUGUGAAUAUUUUUAAUUUACAAUAUAUGGUAUAUAUGGAAAUGAGGAAUGUCUCUGCACAUUUGGCUAAUGGAGUUCUGAGGAAAACCCUCUUGAGAGAAAACAGCAGCAGCAACAAAACACAUGCACACAGGAGUCUGGCAUGUUUCUCAAGAUGUGCCUAUGGGGCAGUGUUUUGUUUAUGGCUUGAAAUUUUUCACAUCAUUUUGUAUGAACUACAUAACCCUUUUAUUAAUAGCAUAUAUGUGAUGAUUAUUAUUUUGGCA